AUGACUGAUACUGCAAGUGAAACAUCAAAAACUGUUGAAAAUGAUGCACAAAAUCAAAAUUCAUCUACUUCAGCCCCAAUUCUUAUUUCACUUCUUCAUAGACAUGAUUUCUAUCAAACACCAACAAAUGUUAUAAUUACGAUUCCAUUAAAAAAUUUGAAAAAGGAACAAGUACAGGUUGAAACAACCGAGAAAACGUUGAGUGUUGGAGCAAAACUGCCAUCGGGAAGUGAUUAUUCACUUGAAAUCGAUCUUGCCUAUGCGAUCGAUGAUAAACGAACAGAAUUUACAGUUACUGCAUUUAAAAUCGAAAUAAAAUUGUUCAAAAAAGAUGCUAUUCAAUGGACAACACUUGAUGCCGCACAUAAGCCAAAACAGCCAGCAGCUCUUAUGAAUAAACCGACAACUAGUGAACAGCCGUCAUAUCCAUCAUCAAGUAUACAUCGUAAAGAUUGGAAUAAAGUUGAAGCAGAAAUUGCAAAAGACGAAAAAGACAAUAAAGAAGAAAGCGAUGCUAAUUCAAUAUUCUCACAACUGUAUAAAGAUGCAUCGGACGAAACAAAGCGUGCAAUGAACAAAUCUUAUUCUGAAUCGGGUGGCACAGUUUUAUCCAUGGAUUGGAAUGAAGUUAGCAAAAAAAAGGUUGAAUUACAAACACCGGAUGGAAUGGAAUUCAAAAAAUAUGAUUAA